AUGCCCCAAUCAGUUACAUCAAUAGUUAAAGUUGCUAACUUCAUUUUAUCAAGACCAACAUUGGCUAAAGUUGUUACUCCAAUUGCUCAAAAAUUUGUUGCAUAUGCUGGUUAUAGAGAAAUGGGUUUAAAAUUUAAUGAUUUACUUCAAGAAGAAUCACCAGUUAUGCAAAAAGCACUUAAGAGAUUACCAGAAGAUGUAUCAUAUGCAAGAGUUAAUAGAUUAAUAACUGCUCAUCAAUUAUCAUUAUCUCAUCAUAUAUUACCAGCUGAUAAAGCUGUCAAACCAGAAGAAGAUGAUCAUUAUUUAAUUCCAUACAUAUUGGAAGCUGAAAAAGAAGCAUUUGAAAAAGCUGAAUUAGACAAUAUUGAAGUUAAAGCUUAA